AUGGACGCACUGGGGAAGCCAUUGGAACGGUCAGUAGCAAAAAACACCGCUGGGAAGUUUAAACCGGUUAACUACUCUUCUUCCAACUAUGUCCCAGUUGCAGAAACAGAAUCUAUCAACUUAUCGCUUCAAUAUGAGUUUAAAGCAUUAAAGAUCGCAAAAAUAAGAACUGGUCAUAUCAACACUUUCUGGAGAAACGACUUGAAACCGAGGAAAAUCAUAGACGAAAACUCGAACAGAAAAUUGACGCUUACCAGAAAAAAAGUAUUCACGUGCGAUCUGGCUAACCAAAAGUUGCAAGAAAAGUUAACUUAUCAGCAAGCGGAACUACAAAAUGUUAAAGAGCAUAUUUGGUCAACAGAUGAUUUCAAACACGAGGUCACAAAUACUACAUGGUGGGAUCCAUUGAAAUCAAAACGACAAAAUAUCCUGGAAGCGGUAGCUUUUACUGCGUACAUAGACCAUGAUAUCCAACACAUUGGCAUUGAACAAGUCAUACCUUAUAACCAAGUCGUUACAAACAUUGGCGGAAGCUUCAAUACAAACACUCACGUGUUCACCUCUCCGGUUACUGGCAUCUACUUGUUUAGCUAUGUUGUGUCACAGCUGGGAAUGACGGAAAUUGAUAUCAAACUGGUCCUUGAUGGGAAGAAUACCGUCGAUGCUAUAUCAGAUCCUGUUACUGCUGGACACGAUCAGCAGGCAGUUAACGUUGCAGUUUUACAGGUUAACAAGGGACAGAGUGUAUAUGUGGUCAACUACUAUCAUACAGACGUUAACAUCCGGUCGGACGAAUUAUAUCGAUUUUCUUCGUUUUCCGGUGUCCUUAUUCAGCCAUUGUAGACCAACAGCUUUAUCGUGUAUUCUAAAUACAUGAAAAAAUAUAAUCAUAUUUCAG